AAGCCCACGACUCCCCGAUUUCAACACGGCAACGGCCAGCUUGGUCAUACAGUCACCAUUGUCGCAGAUUCUCUCUCCCGCGGCCAGGCAUCCUGAUCUGCUCCGGUGUGCAAGCAUAGCGUUUGUGCGCCGAUUCUGGACCUGCACGCGCACAAAGCGCACGAACGAAGACGUAACGACGUGUCGUUGUCGAUGACGACCCGAUGGUCCGGAUGUGAGUGUUAGGAAACGGAUUUUUUGAAUGAAUCCGCAAUGGAAGACUAUCAGAUGUAGAUAGUCGUUAUUUGCGUUGUUUGCUGUUGGAUUCUCGUUCCUGUUCCUUCCACGGCAUCCUUUCGUGCAGAUGGACUGUGUGAGCAUGCAUUGACUAGCCCGCGAGCUCUCCUUCUAAAAAAUCUCGGAGACGUGUGCAGGAAGAAACAUCGGAACGCUGGGUACUAAUACGAGGCCGUAGAAAAAAGACCUGUUUUUCAUAGUUCCGGAGAAUGGAGAGUCAUUGGAGACGUUACUAGCGACAGGUAAACAACCUUCAGUGAUUGGAGCUUCGAUGAAAGAAGAGCACACGGGAUUGUCACUGGUGCUGCUUGUAGUGUUCGCGACUACCUGUCCCAUAACCCGCCAGUCUCUAACAGUGCCUUGUUUGACAGGAUUGUUUGCUGUACGUCGAGCGGCUCCUGAAGAGGGAAGGAGUACGAUUGAAGUCUUUCACAGACUGGAGAGUCAUUAAAGCCGUGGCGGUCAGGAAAGAUAUGGCAAACCGGCGGUUGUCCACCUCGCUCCUGUCGGCGGUCAGUGUUUGGUGUGUGUUGAUGCUAACUGCGACCGGACAGGAGACGCUCGGUCCCCCAGUACAAGGAAGCGGAGACACAACAACCCAAACACUCCCACCAACACCUCAAACGGCAGCAACAACAGCAAAACCAACGGUACAAACCGGAUUGACCACUUUACAACUAAUAUUUCAGACUUCGCUACCCAGGCAACCGGAUGCAACAUCCACAAAGAUAGUAACCUCUCCAACAAGUACAUCAACAACUGCAACAGCCAUAACCAUGCACCAGCAAGUCAUGACUGAACAAGGAAGCGGGGACACAACAACCCAAACACUCCCACCAACACCUCAAACGGCAGCAACAACAACUAAACCAAUGGUACAAACCGGAUUGACCACUUUACAACUAAUAUUUCAGACUUCGCUACCCAGGCAACCGGAUGCAACAUCCACAAAGAUAGUAACCUCUCCAACAAGUACAUCAACAACUGCAACAGCCAUAACCAUGCACCAGCAAGUCAUGACUGAACAAGGAAGCGGGGACACAACAACCCAAACACUUCCACCAACACCUCAAACGGCAGCAACAACAACUAAACCCACAGUAAAAACCGGAUUGACCACUUUACAAGUAAUAUUUCAAACUUCACUAUCCAGGCAACCGGAUGCAACAUCCACAAAGAUAGUAACCUCUCCGACAAGUACAUCAACAACUGCAACAGCCAUAACCGUGCACCAGCAAAUCAUGACUGGAAACGCAUUGGCAAUAGGUGUGGGAGCUGGUGUUGGUGGAGUACUGCUGGUGUUGGUCAUUGUCAUCAUUCUGAUUGUCCUUAUCAGAGGAAGGACCGGAGGUGGACAUGAAUCCGAAGUGGCAGGUGGGAAGAGCACAUCAAUAAGCAUCAGAAGUAAAUUCUCCUCCCUCCAAGCUAGAGACAACUACGACCUGGUGGUUCUGUCGAACUAUUCAACUGUAAAUGAAGAAGAAAAAGGUAGACGACCUUUCAAAAAGGCCCUCUCUAGUCAACCAGCAUUGGAGAUGGUGGAAUCCACCUUCUCACCGGGCUCCCAAGAGACCAGGAGUGGCAGUGGAGGUGACAAAUUCGCCACAACAAUAUUGUAUCAUGAUAUAGGUCCGGCAUCUGUUGAGAAGAAUACACCAUAUUACUCAGCUAUGACGAAAGUGAGGGGGACAUCAUCAACCGAAACAACUUCGAAUCCUUCAGCGUUAAUGGGUGCAGCUGCGUACGAAGAGAUGGCUCCAAUAGGCAAGAAAGAGGAACAGAAUACAUCACAAGUUGCUGCUUCAGUGUCUCCAGCAUUAGUGGGCGCAUAUGUGUACGAGGAGAUGGCUCCAUUGGGAAAGAAGGAGGAACAGAAUGCCGUUGAUGCUGCAGUGUCUCCAGCGAUAAUGGGUGCAUCCAUGUACGAAGAGAUGGCUCCAUUAGGCAUGAAAGAGAAACAUGAUGCAUCACAAGUUGCUGUUUCAGUGUCUCCAGCAUUAGUGGGCGCAUAUGUGUACGAGGAGAUGGCUCCAUUGGGAAAGGAGGAACAGAAUGCCAUUGAUGCUGCAGUGUCUUCAGCGUUAAUGGGUGCAUCCUUAUACGAAGAGAUGGCUCAAUUAGGCAAGAAGGAGGAACAGGAUACAUCACAAGUUGCUGCUCCAACGUUUACCAAUAUGUACCAACAACUGGGGCCUGCUGGUGCAACAGAGCAACACCAAAGUAUAACUCCUGCCCAGGCUGAGAGAGUACCUACCGAGAGCAUGACGUCACCCAAGCAUACAUCCAUGGAUAAAGAGGCAGCACCAGCAAGCAAGAUAGAGCAAUACGAAACACUCAUUCCUGACGUUCAACGGAAGAACAUGAAGAACAUGACACCAAACUCUACACCAAUGCCAGCAAAUACUACCAGCGUCUACCAGACAGUGGGAGAUGGAAGUCAGAAGGAGCAAUACCAAUCACCCACCUCUGAUGUACGCCGGUCUGUAAAAGACAGUGCCUCCAGCAGUAUACCUACAGCAUCAGCUCUUGGCCAGGACGUGAAUGUAUUGAACAAACAGGGACGAUACCGAUCACGAGGUGCUUCUGGCCGCUUACCAAGACCCACACAGUCCAAGCAAGUGUCUGGACAAGCCCAGAGAAGCAAGUUGACGCAAGAUACUCGAGAUGUCAGGACAGUGUCUCUUUCCUCUGCAACUAACCAGCCACCCAACAGGGGAUCCAAUGCCUCACCAGCAAACGCUGGAAGCGCUGUCUAUCAAGCUCUAGGAACAGAAAACCUAUAUGAAUCGACUACAGUUCCCAAGCCCAGCAACACAAUGCAGGAAGUUGGUCUUGCAGCGGAGCCCACAGGAGAUUACCAAGCAAUACUGGCAGCAUACGUGCAAACGUCUGAGUACGAGCAGCCACGGAAGCACGAGAAAUCACCAUCAUAAAUACAGUGUGUCAUCAUGUGUCAUCGUGCUCAUAUCGACCAGAAUAUAGAGAUAUGGAGAUGUGGAGAUAUGGAGAUUGCUUGUACGCGAGUGCUACACUUCUCUGUGGUAUAAUUUUUAACUAUGCUAGUAGUAGUAGCGACUUAGGCUGUGAUAGAGGGCGAAGUCGCUGGUUGAUCCUCCGUGCCCAUGCUUCAUGUCGAUUUACUUGACUCUUAACAGACUCACUAUUCAGUGCCAUCCGGAGCGCAUCCAACAUUCCACUUGCCAGCCUGCAAGAAAGCACCGCUCCCAGCACAGUGCACGCCGGAUUGCAGAUGUUAGUACUGCUGAAAAUAAUAGUUAUCACUCUGAUCGGCUAUUUUUACAGGAGUUUAUGGCAAGCAAGCUAUUUAAAGCCUUUCUCACUUUUUCCGCAAUUUUAUUGCCUUCUUCCACCACAGAAAAAAUGUCAGCGCCUGUCAAUUAACAACAACUUUUUCAAGUACUAUUCACAUAAUUAUGAAGGAACAUUAGUUGGUUGUUCCAACGAGGAACACACGCUU